UGGCGCGCGCUCGUACUCGCGCUCUCUCUCGCCAUCGUGCUCUUGCAACCCCAUGCUCCUGCAGUCCUCUUUCCGCAGCCCAUCUUGCUCCUGACUCUCAGCCAAGCGCACGACGUUCAGUGACGUGAAGAGACCCCACGCGAUCCAGAACACUGCAUCUGUUUCGGAGCUCGGGACUCGAGAAUGGCAGAGAAACUUUCUCCAGGAAAGGGGACAGACCAGGUAUGCACCUUCCUGUUCAAAAAGCCUGGGCGAAAAGGAGCUGCAGGCCGCAGGAAGCGCCCAGUCUGCGACCAAGGGCCCAGAGACAGCAGCAGCAGCAGUGACGAAGGCAGCACUGUGGUUCGUCCGGAAAAGAAGCGGGCGCCCCACAACCCGAUGAUACAGAAGACUCGUAGCAGUGGUAAACAGAAGGCGGCUUACCGCGACUUGAGUAGUGAGGAGGAGGUGGAGGAGAAAGAGGAGAAUGGGCCGGAGAGCCUUGGUGUGGUCUACAAGUCUACCCGCUCAGCGAAACCUGUGGGGCCAGAAGAUAUGGGGGCGACUGCGGUCUACGAGCUAGACACAGAGAAGGAGCGUGACGCACAAGCCAUCUUCGAACGCAGCCAGAAGAUCCAGGAGGAGCUGAGGGGCAAGGAAGAUGACAAGAUCUAUCGGGGAAUCAAUAACUAUCAGAAAUACAUGAAGCCCAAGGAUACGUCUAUGGGCAAUGCUUCCUCUGGAAUGGUGCGGAAGGGCCCCAUCCGAGCUCCCGAGCAUCUCCGUGCCACCGUGCGCUGGGAUUACCAGCCCGACAUUUGUAAGGACUACAAAGAAACUGGCUUUUGCGGCUUCGGAGACAGCUGCAAAUUCCUCCAUGACCGUUCAGAUUACAAACAUGGGUGGCAGAUCGAACGUGAGCUCGAUGAGGGUCGCUAUGGUGUCUAUGAGGACGAAAACUAUGAAGUAGGAAGCGAUGAUGAGGAACUACCAUUCAAGUGUUUCAUCUGUCGCCAGACCUUCCAAAACCCAGUUGUCACCAAGUGCAGGCAUUAUUUCUGCGAGAGCUGUGCACUGCAGCAUUUCCGCACCACGCCACGCUGCUAUGUCUGUGACCAGCAGACCAAUGGCGUCUUCAAUCCAGCGAAAGAAUUGAUUUCUAAAUUGGAGAAACGUCGAGCUGCAGAAGAUGGUGGGACUUCUGAUUUGCCAGAAGAUGCCGAUGAGGGGAAAGUGACAGAGGAAAAGGCAGAUGGUGAAGUAGGGUCCUGGAUAGAUGGCUUGUAGAAGCAUCGAGCCUUGCAAACUGAAACGAGACAACUUGAUAUAAACUUCAGAGAAAUCUCCACAACAGCUAAUAUAUGGACAAUCUUCAAGCCUAUUGCAGAAAAAGCAACAGAGACGUUCAAACUGCAAAUGAGGAAAAUCAAGCAGAUUGUCACUGCUUGCCUUCACUCUAUCAAAAGAUGUGUCAACCCUGACAUUUAGAAAUCUUCUUGACUGGCUGCAACCUUGGCUCUGAAACUGUUUUAUAACUCUUCUAGUCAUUAACCAUUGUUUUUUGUUUGUUUCCACGGAAAUGACUCUUGUUAAUUAUCUAAUUGCUUGCAUAAUAUAGGCCUAACUUUGGGACCCUACCUGCAAGAUCAUCUCAUGAAAUGAGAUACAACUAUUUAACUAAACUGUUAUAUUCUCAAGACUGAGACUGGUUUAAUGCAAGAUGGAACAAUCUAUCAACUUAGCUUCUGGGAUGUGAAAUUUCUUAUUUGAAUUUUCAAAUGCGAGAAUGUGAGGGAGCAGAAUUUUUCACCCCAAAAUAUAUUAUUUUAGGGUGGUUCUUGUGGCUAAUCUAUUAAUCAAAUUGACAUGUUGCAAAUUAGCAGGAGAAAAACAAAUUAAAGUUUAAUAACAUGUAUACCUCCUGUAUACAUGGGAGAGAUCCAGGAAAACUGAGUAACUUACCAAAAUGGUGGAAGGCACCACCUUAAAUACCACUUUCAGCUAAAGACAAAAGACUUUGAGGGUGGAAAGCCAGUUAUGGGAAGUCACCAGGAAGAGCAAAGUAAACAAGGGUAAGAGUCUUAUGCAGAUUUAAGUCCUUGCCAUUAUCUCCAUUGGUAGAAGUUUCUAGAGAUUUAGAUAUUUUCUUCCUGGGAUGGUGAGGUAAAGACCCUUACAAAGGAGAUUUCCCUUAGAAAUGUAAAUGUCCUUUCACAUAGGCUAACUUAUACUGGGUCUUCAGAGCUUCUCCCAUGUCUGCAGUUUCUUAAAAUUAACUGGCCUGAAAUAAUAUUUCCAGAGCGGCAUAUUUUGAGGCAGUAAGCUCUGCUCCCGUUCAUAGUCUCCUGUAUGCUCCAGAAGGAAGUGGAAUAGGAUACUGGUUAGUGUUAAUAAUGUGGCUCAAAAAGAGUAAGACCAAGGCACACCCAAAAAGUGGUCUCAACAGGCACACGAGCCUGCAGGGAUGAAUCCCAGUCUGUGGGGUAAGCCCCCACACAGCAGCUCAUACAAUGGGGCCAUGAAUGUAAAGUAUAACAUAAAGAAUAUAGUCAAUCAUAUUGUAAUAACUAUGUAUGGUAUCGGAUGGGUGCUGGAUUUAUCAGGGU